UGAAUCAAAAAAUGUAAAAAAUCCUAUAUCGUUCGGACUCCUGGUAUCUAUCCUCUGUGAUCUAUCCAAUUACACAUCUUGGCUAAGAUCAAACUUUUAAGCAUAUCUUAAGAUUACGUCUAUGAAUGUAAACGCUAGCUUAAGACCAUGCUUAAGGCGGACUUAAGUGUAAGAGCCCACUAUGAAUACGGCGGCAGGAGGGCGAUCGCAAUGUAUUAGAAAUGUUCGAAAAUGGCGGGACAGAUAUUUUGCCACUAGAGCGCGUUAGUGUGGCUAAUAUCAGGUUUUUAAAACCUUGUUUAUUGUCGCGGGAAUGUAACAAUUCUACUCACGCGUUAGUCAAAAUAAAUUAACCAAAUCUUAUAAUUAACGUUAAAAAUAGCAAUAAGAAAAACUUUUUUAUUAUUUUACAAUUAUUUCCAAGAUAUUAUCGUCAACUUGUUGUGUAAAUCUAUUCAAUUUCAUCUUACCUAGUCGCAGUUGAGUAAAGGAUGGAAAACUAAAUUAAAAAAGUCCAAUUAAAAGUAAAUUAUAAUUUAUUAUCGUAAAUUGCACUUUUUACAAGACUAGACUUUUUACCAUUUGCAUCAUUGCAUUUUUUUAUAUUAGUAAUUAAUAACUAUCAAUUAAGGUUAUAUUAUCUGUGGUAAAGUGAAUAAAGACGUAUUUCUCUGAUUAGCAUUCUUAUUACGAUCCUUGACUCGUCCACUUGUACACCCGUGAACAAUACACUUAUUUACCAUUUUUAAAUAAAUAUUACUUUUUAUAAAUUAAAAAAACAUUAAUACAAUUGUUAAUGAUGCAGUAUUGUCAACAAUUGUCAAUGAAAAAUAUGACGUUAUAAACUUGACAUUAGUGAACAUAACGAAACCUAGCGGCGUAUUUCCGAUAAUGAUCUUUCUUUUUCUUUCCAGUUGCGUUUGCUAGUUAUUUUCCUAUGUCGAUUGCCCUCCUGGUAUCUAGGCUCCGUGGUGUCAGUUAUCGGUGACGAAAGCGGUCUAAACGUAAAUUUUUUCUUCAGUCAGCAAAGCUUGAUAAUAAAACUCUCCAUGUUAGAAUUGUUUACAUCGCAGUGUUUAAGUACUGUAAAUUCUGUUAUUGAAAUUUAUACUACUUCAGCGAUAUGAUGCCAGCCUGUAAGUUUUAUCGCCAAGGCAAUUGUCGUAAUGGACAAUAUUGUCAAUAUGAACAUUAUAAUGGCUUUGUAAAUGUUAACAAUGUCAAUGAUGAGAAUAAGACAGCGGUUGUUAUUGCACGCGAAGUACUUUGUGCUGAGAUGGGUGGCCAAUGGUUAUUGUCGUGUUUUGCACCAUUCAGAGAUCGACCUACUAUACCUGGCAUGGAUGAUGUAUCACCUGAAGAAGUUAGAUGGGAAAUGUAUCAAGCGCAAAAAAAUGGUGUCGUCGAACAGGCAAAACUUCGCUUUCAACAAUUAUGUCAGGAUAUGCAAGCAAAACGUGAAGCUUUAAAAUAUCCUACGGAAGAAACUUUAGAAAUGUUGAAAAAACUUUUAGGUAAUAGAUUUAACAAUGGAACAUCAGAUAUGUCCAAUUUCUCUUUUGCAAAUUCACAAAUGUUAACUAAUGUGUUUGGUACUGAAACAUUUGUUAAUCAAAAUAAUACAUUUGGUCAAGGUUUUGGUUCGGUAAAUAAUAAUCCAUCUCCAUUUACAAGAACGAGCAAUUCAGCAUCUUUGUUUGGUGCUAGUUCAACUUUUGGUAACAACGCAUUGACAUUUCCUAAUGUAACUAAUUCAAAUUCAGUAUUUGGUGGUACUACGAAUACUCCUGUAUUUGGUAAUGGACAAAAUAAUCAAACAUUUGGUACAGUUGCGCUAGAGAACAAUUCUAUUUUUGGUGGUGCAACAUCACAAGCAGUAUUUGGCCAACCUAGCAAUUUUGGUACUACCACUCAAACUACUAAUGUUUUUGCCAGACCAAGUACAUCACAGACAACAACAUCAGUAUUUGAUAGCGGAACAGUAGUACCUUCCAGUUCUUUAUUUUAUACACCUCAAUCAAAUACAUCCCUGUUUGGUGAAAAUAAACCAUCCACCAAUGGACCAUUUGGAGAAUCUUCUGCUAUACAAACAUCAAAUUCUAUCUUUGGAGGAUCAACUACAUCAUCAGGAAAUAUGUCUACUAAUUCAACAAGUAUUUUUGGACAGCCGAAGACUACUACAGUAUUUGGAGGUGCACCAGCAUUUGGAGCAAAUGCUGGAUCAUUUACAAAUAAUUCUAGUCCAUCUAUUUUUGGAGGUCAAACAUUUAACAAAGAUACACAAGUGCCUAGUGAUAAUAUUUUCGGUAAAUUUAUUGCCUCAUCGAACUUUGUUCCUGCGAGUCAAGGAAAUAAUGUUUUUAAUGUUACAAAAACUACAAGUAAUGUGGGCAAUUUUGGAGUUUCUCAAAAUGCUUUAGCUGUUAUGCCAGCAACAAAUACAGCUUCCUUUGCCUCGGCAGCAACUACGACACACUACGGUACAGUAAACUCGCAAACUGAUACUAAAAAUACAACAUAUACCAUUGCAAGGCCAACAUUUGGUAUAACAAGUACAACUAAUCCAUUAAGCAAUACAGUUGUUUCAUCUGCCAUGCCAUUUGGAGCUACAACAGGAACAAGCUUUAAUGGUAAUACAAAUAUAACAUCAUCACCUUUUAUUGUACCUACGUUUGGAGGUUUUACUUCUUCUUUUAUGCAAACGAGUACAACAGCCACAACUACUACAACCAAUCCAUUUAUUUCAAAACAAACUAAUUCACCAUUUAAUGGCGCAGCUCACAAUCAAAUUGGAACAGUAAAUGAAUCGCUUGUUGCAAAUCAAUCUAAUGAAAAAUCACUAUUCUCAUUUGCACAAAAAAAUACUCCCACUGAUGAUACUACUUAUUCUGAAGAAUUACAAUUAACUGAUGAUGAAAAAAGUAUUUAUUUAGCAAACGAAUUUAUAGUUGGUAAAAUACCACUAAAACCUCCAAGUAAAAAUAUGAUAUAACGCUGUUGUAUUUAUAUAUAUAUAUUUAUAAAUAUGUAAACAUAUGUAUAUGAAAAGUUAAAUUCAUUACAUUUUUAUAAAAUAGCAUAAUUGUACUAAUACUUAA